CAACGCGGUCCAAGGUACCCAUAGUUAUUAGCUAGGCCUCAGGUUCGUUCCUGGUCCUAGGGAAUUAGCAGUAGUGGUACCGCGAACGCCACGGGUAUAGACGCAGAGGCGAAGGCUCUCUCCAUUGGAAUCUACUGUGGAAAAUUCUCGCUGUAUCUCGUCGGCCUCGCCUCUCACUCGCCCCCUUCGACAGCUGAAAUAGUUUUUAGAAAUCUCAAAAAUCUCUCACGGGAAUCUUCAGCGGACUGUUUUCGCUGCAUCUCGUCGGCCUCGCCUCUCAUUCACCCCUUUUGACUGCUGAAAUCCCCUCGCAGCCUGACUCGCGGACUGACGAGUCGCCAGAAUUCUCGCCGCUUUCAUCGUCACCUGUACUCUUCAUCUCGUUGUUCGACCUAGCUCUUUCUUGCCAAGCCCUCCCUACGCUCGCUCUCUCCCUUUAGUAAUAUAGAUUGCACUGAGGUCCGGCCAGGUUUUCUGAACUCCCGCCGAGUUCCACCGAACUCCUUCCUACAGUUUUCCUCGCUACCGAACUCCUCAUUGAACUCCUUCUUACCGAACUCCAACCUACCCAAAUCCUACCUGCCGAGCUCCCACAAUGGUCGAGAUUCGUGCCGCGACCGAGGACGACACGGAUCGUUCACGGUGGCAAAUCAUCUACCCCGUUUACAUAAACUCGAAGAUGACUAUAGCGGAGGGCCGCCGGAUCGCCGUGACUAAAGCGGCGGAGGACCCGAAGAUCCAGGAGAUGGUCGACUCGUGCACCUACCUUAAAAUCCCGGUGCAUGCCGAGCUAGACAAGGCAUACUCGCGGGACUUCUUUCAACGAGGCCGCAUUCGGGUGCAGAUAAAGAAGCCUGACAACACGCUACACAACCCCGACAUCCCUAACAAAAUGGCACUUAUGCUGAAACUGGGGGAGCUUAUACCAAAGCAUGUUGGGCGGACCAAGAAAGACAAGGACAAGGAAGGGGGAGGAGGGGGAGGGGGGGCUGGGGGGUCGCACGGAGGAGCAGGGGGCGCUGAGAAGAAGGGCAAGGGGGGCAAGAAGAGGAGAUGAGAAGGAAAACAGCUUUUGAAUUUGACUGGCAAACCCUCAAGAAAGGGGGUUGAGGAAGUGAGGGGGAUGGUGGGCGGCCGGGGGUAGAGGUGGGGUUGAAGGAGGGCGGAAGGGGUGCAUCAUGCAUGCCUUAUGCCGGAGUUGAUGCUUCACACAUGCCAUGCCAUGAGCUCAUCAUUCAUUGAUGGUUUUGUUUGAUCCUCCUCAAGAGGAACUGGUAUUGUAGUUGCUUCUGGACUGGAGUCUGGACUCAAAUACCGGUAUCUGCUCCAGCAGGUCCCACUUUCCUUCAAACCACACCUUGCAGCACCGCUAAUGCAGCCUGAUUUAUUGCGAGUCGUGACUGGUGUGAGCCAUAGCCUGAUAGAUUGACACAAAAUGUCAGUGUACAAGCAUGUUA